AUGGCGAUGCUGCUUCCUCUCCUCGGCCAGCUUUCUCUCUCUUCCCAAAUCCUUUCUUUUCCCUCCUCUCCUCCGACUCCUCGUCUCCUCACCCGCUCCUCUUUCCGGCUUCUCCUACGCCACUCCAAAACCCUAUCCCCUCCCCUCUUCUUUCCCGCACAAGCCGCCAUUUCCGUUCCUCAGGAUCCAAUCUUCCUUCGUCAUUUGCAGCUCUUCGAGGGAGAUGAAGUAAAGGAAAAGAUCAACAAUGAGGAUUUCGAAGAAGAUGGCCUGGUGGACGAGGAGGAUUUGGAUCCUAUUCGUAGUUUCUUCAAAUCCCGUGAGCCAGUCUCGGACCCCAAGCACGAAGGGGGCAGAGGCUGGCACAUAGAAGACAUAGAUUCUGCCGAAGCCGACCUUAUGGACGAUGAAGAAGAAACCCUUCGAUUGGACUCCGAGGCUCCACUUGCCCCUGCUGAGCAUGGAUUAUUAGGAGAUAUCCUUCGAAUCGCGAGGAAUCUUCCUGAGAAUUCUACGUUGGGAGAUUUUAUGGGUUCUUUUGUUGGGAAGAUUGGGGAAGGUGAAUGUGUAGAGCUUUUGGCGAGGAUGGGGGAGGAAGGCCUUGCUUGGAGCUGCUUGUAUCUCUUUGAAUGGAUGGGAUUGCAGGAGCCGUCCCUAGUGACCACAAGGGCGUGCGCUGUGCUCUUUCCAGUUUUGGGAAGGGCUGGGAUGGGGGAGAAGCUGAUGAUUAUCUUUGAGAAUUUGCCACGAACGAAGCAGUUUAGAGAUGUUAGGAUAUAUAAUGCUGCAAUUUCUGGUCUGUCAUUCUGUAGCAGGGAUUCUACUUUUGCUGCUUCUUCUUUUGCA